AUGGUCGCCGGGCUGCCGCCCGGCUGCGGCGUGCUGGAGCUCAAGUCACGGCUGGAGGCGUAUGGCCCCAUCGCGCGGGCCCGCGUCGACGCCUCAGCGGCCACCGGGUACGUCACCUUCCGGUCCGGUGCGGCCGCCGUGGCCGCCAUUGCCGCGUCCGUCGACCCCGGUGGAGGCAUCGCCAUCGGAUCCAAGAAGGUUUUAGUCGUACAGGCCAGCGAGGCACCACAUAACUCAAGAACCACAAUAAGGGCUGCUGAACCCGCAGGGCGAUCGUCACACGAUGCAACGGUGAAGAACGUUACUGAUAAUUCAGCCAUCCUGAGCUCCAAAGCAGCUUCUGGAGCGACUUACAAGGUGCGGGAAAUAGUCGCCUAUGAUGAUCUGUUCUAG